AUAAAUACCAAAGGAUGCAGAAAUCGGGCUCCGAUGAGGGAGCCUCGGCUGCUGGCCAUACGGAGGAGACGCCAGCGGCUCCCUCCCAGAAAUCCACUGAUUCCGGCAAUGGCGCCGAGUUUCAAAUCAGCUUGAACGAGUUUCUAGAGUUUCUAAAACUAUCCUGUCAUGUGAACGAUAUGAUUGCGAAGGCCGACAUGGGAAAACCACAAAAUAGGGAGCCGAUACCGCCGAUGGAGGGCAAUGCGGCGUCGGCCAAGAGAAGUACCAAGAAGGACGAGUUCGACUUUGCCGAACUGGCGGACAAUCCACUAGUCAACGAGCUCCUUGGACUGCGACGCCCCUCCCGGAUCGCCAACGAGAGCCGCUCCACUUUGCUCCAGGAUGCAAAAUCCAGUACAUUGCGUUCGGGACACAGUCACCACAGUCGCUCAUCGCGGCCAGAGUCCACCUAUCGGGGAUUGCAUCCCAAGCUCGGAGAGCAACUAGAUGCGGCCAUUAAUGAAGGUGUCCUGGACUCGGUUUUGUCCUUUAUAUGCCCUGUUCCCAUUCCAACACAACUCCAGAAUGGCAAAACUAAGCCCAAGCAGCUGCAGCCUCCGAAAGAGCCUCUCACCCAGGCAUCGCCCACUCCCACGCCGAAUCCCAUUUCAACUGCAGCUCCUCUUACCUCUGGAGCAUCGAAAUCCUUGAUGGAGUUGGGCCACUCGCAUGGUCCUCCACCGGCAGCUUCUCCCUCGGCUCCUUGCCUACAGCAGGCUCAUGCCGGCGGAGAUGCACUGCAUCCGGAUCAGAUCACCAACAGCAUGGUGCGGGCUAUGAUUAAGGAGCCGAUUCCGAAGCCUGGUGGAAUGGUUGGCGGCAGACGCAAGUCUCUGCUGCUGGUCAAGGACAGCAAACAUGCCAGGCAGGAGCGAAAGGAACCAGAAGUGGUGAUCCACGUCUGCGACGAGGUGAAGAACACCUCGAAGGACUUCACCUGCCCGCAGCAUUUGCUGGUGACCAAAAUGGGCUACUUUGCGGACGUGACCGCCGGCCAGAGAUUGGAGGAGAUGGACAUAUCGGUGCACUGCGACAUCCUAAUCUUCGACUGGCUGAUGAAGUGGAUCAAGCACAGUGCCCAGAGCCAGGAUCUUCCGGUUUCCACCCAGAGCACCGGUCCCCAGUUGGAUGGCAACAAUGUGGUGCCCAUUUUGGUGUCGGCCAGCUUUCUGCAGAUGGAGCCUCUACUCCUUGAGUGUUUGUCCUUUUGUCAUGCUCAUCUUAGCGAAGUUGUACGGACAUCCACGAAUCUGUCCUGUCUGAAUGAUGCCCUCGUCACCCGACUGGCGGCCAUGUUCACGAACCUCGAGCUGGAGAUGGUCAGGGAUAAAAAGGAGCGAGUGACACCGCGACUGUGGACCAAAUUGAUUCAGUCUCUCUGCGAACCGGAUCCGGAAGCCCUAAGGGGCCACUUCUACAGCAUGUCCGGGUUGUUCCGCUGCUCCCGCUGCUUCAAUUGCGUGACCAACACAAUGAAAUCCUAUGUGAGCUGUGUGCCCAGCAAUAUCCGGCUGAAUCGCUGGGGCCAAUUGAUGAGUCACCAUGUGCGGGAUGCCAACUGGGAUCUUAAUGUCUACAUCGUCCAGCUCUUCAAGGAGCUCAAGUCCUGGCGGAAGGUGUACUGGAAGUUGUGGGGACACUGCCAUUACUUAUACUGCUGCACGUGCGAGGCUCAUUUUCCGGUCUAUCAGAUGCACUGGUGCCGCUUCCAUCCGGAGAUACCCAACUUCCUGGGUCCAGUGGGCAAUGCUGGACCCGCCGGUCGCUUCUCCUGCUGCGGCCAGCAAGCCUUUCGCUACGAGACACUGCCGGGACCAAAUGGCUGCCAGUUCCGCGAGCACAGUGUCCUGGUGGAGACGGAUAGAGAGCGUGCCAUCCUGGCCAUUGCACAGUUGGUGGGCGAGAACUACGCCUUGUGCGAACAGCCACCACUGAGGAUUCAGGAACUGGCAGCCGCCGGCGAGAUCAGUCCCAGCUGGCAGGGUAUCUCCCUAACACCCCAGAGAUGUCGUCAGGGACUUUUGCCCCAACUCUGCAUGGAUAGUGUGCUCAAGAGAGUGACCAACCACCGCGUGAGCCGUCGGAUGCGAGGAUCUCGCUACCAAAUGGACACCAGCACCGAUUCCGAGACGACGUCCACCAGCGAGGAUGAUGCUCGAUGCAUGCGGCCACGCAUGCGUAACGUCCACGAUGAUGAUGAGGAUUACAGUUCCAGUAGUGAUGGUUGCGAGUCGGAGCAUCGUCCACCACCGAGGAAAACAAGAGGCAAAAAGUCAAGAAAACGUCCCACCGAUGUGUCGGGUCGUUUUUGGUCCGGGGAGUUGUCCGCGCGCAGCAACCAGGAUCACCAGCGCGAUUUCGAGGAGAAGAUCAUGAAGCAGGUCGCCAAUUAUGUGACCAAGAAGACCGGAACGGAUCAGUGCCUGGUGCAAAAUGCCCAGCCGCUGGGAGGCUCCUACGUGCGACUCGAGUCCGAAUGGAAGGAGAUGCUCAAGCAGCGCCACAGCCAUCACACCAUCCAGGGCACCAAUGCCACUGGCCCCUCCGUGCCCCAAAGCAACAGCAGCUGCCUGGGAUCCGCACUUGCAACUGGUGGUUCCUCCGCGUCCGUCAUGUCCAAGCAAAAGCACAAGUAGAAAUUCGUAUUGUAAUACCAGUUAUAUUACCAUUCGCUAGCAACCAUCGUAGACCAAAUAUUUAGUCACAGAUUAUUAGUCAAAUAUUUAGUGCAAACCAUAACCAUUCACAUUGAAAUGUAGAAAAAUUAAAUGAAAAUGUAGAAAAAUA